AUGGUUUCGAGUCUCUUGGUGAAGAAUCGGGUACAACUGUUUGAGAGUGGUCGGCCCAAGUCGUCACCACGACAUCGCUUGUCCCCGCGAGAACGACUAGCACGAAUGUCGCCAAACCACCGCUACAAUAGAAUAAAAGCAGACAAGGUGGAAGAUGACGAGCUGAGCAGUGAUGAGUCCAGCUGCCAAGAGAAUAACAGCAAGAAAGAAGCUUCCAAGUCAAAGAAGACUGUUACAAUUGAGGAGCCUGACAAAGACUGCGAUGACGAUUCCGGUUCUGCAAAGAAGAAACCCGAUCUGAAGGGAGCAUUUGCACGGUCGAUCGUGUCUACAGUGCCACCCAAGAGCCCCAGAUCGCGUCAAGUUACCAAAAGUAAACCUGAGAUGUCCUUAACAACCUUGGUGGACACUGCUGAUGAUGAUGAUCCAAAUGAAUCUGAUAGCAAGGAGGCGCCGGCUUCACAUAGCCCCAGGCAGCCCCUAAGUCCACGAAAGCAACCAAACACGCCAAUAACCUCCAGACUUCGCAUGAGCCCUAGAACUUCUCCUGUACAGAGCACAGCUAGCAAGACAAAACCUGCCAAUCUUCAACUGAAAUAUCAAGAAUUGAGCGAUACACCUUCUGCGGAUGCCGAUGAUAGCGCUACCGGCAGCCCGCUCUUGAAGCAGGCGAGAUUGUUCAAAAUGUCCCCAAAGUAUAAGCCAGAAUGGCAGCUGAACCGGAAAAAGAUAUUGGGAGGUAGCAAAGAGUAUCUCUCUCCUUUGAGUCUCAGGAGACAGCGAAAACAAAGAAAGGAAAAGGAACGCGAUGAAGCUGUCGAAGCUAAAGUGAACGAGUUCAACAAUGACGACGAACCUCUGCCUGAAGAGACAUCAAACGAAGUCUUUUUCUCUGAUAAGGAUUGUGGCGAAUUGGGUGGUGGCCAAGCAACUCAGAAUUCCUUUGGAAAGGAAUCCGCUCAAAAUUCUGUUGGAAAAGAAUCCGCCACUUCAUCACAAGCCCCUUCAAACACUUCUUCUUGUUUGUUGCCUCCGCCCGCGAAUGACUCGCCCACCAUGGCUGAGUUUGUGUUGCCACCAGAAUUGGGGCACCGCAAGAAAGAUUCGACACCAAAAAGUGCAACUUCUGGUAAGUCGUCACUUUGGCGAACCGCCUUGGAAAGAUCAAGAUCUGCAUCAACCCCCACCCCCGCUAUUGGGGUAGAUACCUUUGAAGAAUCCACCUUGCCUACCGCUGAAAACCUGCAAGUUUCUACAGAUACUGCCGAUGCUGUCAGUGAUGGGGAAGAUGAUGUUCCAGUUAAGACCGUUAUCACAUCUCCUCGAAAGAGUAGCUCUGCUUUGAAGAAGGAAGCGCAGCAACAGCAAGUGUGUGACGAAGAAGCCGAUGUUCCAAUAAAGACUAUCAUUACUUCUCCUCGCAAGAGUAGCGCUUUUCACAAGGAGGCUCGGCAACUCAAAGAUUGCACUGAUGAAACUAGCGAAGAGGAAGAACUUGAAGCUAUCAUGAAGGGACUGUGUCCUAGUGGAGACUCGGCAGAAUCAACCAUCAGCAGCAAAGACGUGUUCCAGAAGAUCUUGGAAGAAGAAGCCAUGUCAAACGAAGAGCGACGAGAAGAACCUGAAGGAGAUCGCGCCACUGACAAUCAGGCGCGAAUGAGAAUAACCGAUUUGCUAGUGGCUGAAUACAGUAAAAUGGAAGAAAAGGCCAUUCCAGACCCUGAAGGAGAGCUGAUAACCGUACAUUCUGCUUCCAAGCCUAAAAAGCCCUCGACAGAACCUGAAGGUGAUUUCCUAACGGAGCAAAUGCAGCAUGCAAAGUUUCUUGAAAACGAUGAUAUCUUCGAUGGGCUGGAGCAAGACCCGAGUGGUGAACGACUGUCAUGUUCUACAAAUCCAAAGCAAAAGACCAAAGAACGAUCCCUCCAAGAGAUGCAAGUUCUCAAGCAAAAAGUCCAUCACGCGAGAAAGCAUCAACUCCAAGCAGCAAAGGCAAAUGGUUCGAGCGAAACUCAUUCUUCGUCGUCAGAUGAACCAACUCAAAGGCCUGAGAGAAAAGGCAAAGCAAGCCUGUUGAGAGUUGAUGUAGGAGAGAGUGAAACCAAGAAAGAUACAUGCACAACAGCUGAUUCCAACUUGAUUUCAUCUUGUGUCGCUUCUAGUAGUGCAGGCUCUUCUCUAGUUUCGAAACCGUCCCCGCGGCUCUCCAGGGCGGCAAGACUGAAAACCAUGAGGGCGUACACUCCAGCACUGAUGGCAACGCCUAAAGGCCGAAAUCGUCCUGGAGCCGCAAUACAACAAAGCCCCAACGCUGCCUCGACUGCUCCACAAGACGAAAAAGAGGGCAGCGUUUGCUCAGGGGGGUCAGACCAGUCGAGUCUCAGCAACGAAGAGCUCAGAAACGUUGCGUCUCAUGCUCUGAAGCUUUCCCGAAGUGUAAACUCUUCAAAACGCGGAAAGCUACGAAGCACACCCCUUCAGCACCUUCUGAAACAACGGGCAAACAAAAAAACAAUAUGCUUAGAUACAGUUCCUCACGAGAACUCAGCCAAGGGAACUGACACGAGUACCAGCGCAAAACGAGACCCUGAUGGCAUCGUACUCGAUGAAAGCCUCACCCAGUCGAAUGCGAUGGAGAAAGCUGUCAAGAGUGCUACUCUCGAUGUUUCGAAGACUGGAAUGGCUGCUAGCAACAGCAAGGAAGCAAGGUCGAGUCUUGAGGGCUCUCCUCGGAAGGUGAAGAACAAGCCAUCAGUUCCAGCAACCGCCGAAGAUCCAGCAACUGCCGAAGAUGCGUCAAAUCAACCUUUCCAUAUGGUCAGUAGGUCGUAUAGAAAUACGCGGCUUGCUAAGAAGUAUCUCCAUAGACAACCAAUGACGGUUGACGGAUCUUCUGAUUCGACAGGAUUCCCGAAACACUCGAUUCGAGAAUCGCCCUCUGCUGAAAGCGAGAGCAAUACGUCUUCAUCAAAGACGACAACGACAACAACAAAAGUAGCUGUACAAGUUGAAGACCUGCCACCAAGCAUACCAACGCAGACUCCUCCCACGUCACGAAGGCCAAACAAAAGCGAUUCUCCCUUGCUGACAAAGCCACGAAGCCUGCCUACCAGUGCAGGUCACAGCAAAGAUGCGGAAGAGGGUUCAAGCACUGAUGCUAGCUCAGUUGUCGAAAGCACGUCGCGCGUGUCGGAAAAACCCAGUAAUACCACAAGAAAAGCUCCAAAGGUAUCACUAAUCUCUGCCGUAGCAAACAAGAAAGAACGCAUGGCACUUCUUUCAACUGCUCAGCGGAAGAAAAAAGGAUCUCCAAUCCUACGGCGCCAGAGCGAACAAGCUCAAAAGAAACCAGCGACUCAAUCGAUGCCAGUGGCACACGAGGCGGCGACUCAACGGGUCGAAGCUAAUGUGGCAGAAGAGGAUACAACACCGCUGCUUGAGGAGCUGCAAACUGCGCAACAUCGAACAGAGAACAUGCAACAGGCUCCAGCAGACGCUAAACCGCUUCAGGAGACUCAAGACUUGCGGGAUACAUCACUUCAUAAACAGGAAGAAUACGAAAUUGACCCCCAAGACGCUGAUGUCAACUAUUCUUUUUCGGACACUUUGCGGCCUGAUCUGAGUUGCUGCAGCACGAUGGGAGAGGAGAGCUUGACAUCCGAGUCAACAGACAUGACGAAGUCCACUGAGUCUAGCACAUCCAAGAAUGUCGAUGGCCUACCAAGCGAUAUUUUUUCUCGUAGGGCAGCAAGGCGGCGACAUCACCCUGCAUUUGCGGCUCGCUCACAAACCAAAGGAACAAUCAAGAGAAAGAAACCAAAGAGCACGUCCACAAAAGCCUCAGCAGCAGUAACCCAAAGUGUAGAUAAAGGAGGUGACACAAUUGCAGACACAAGUCCGAUCAUGAGGCCUGAAAAGAUAGACAAACAAGAAAUGGAUGGGGAAAAAUCGAAGAGACCCGUUGAAGCCGAGGGCCCUAACUCUGCCAGUCUCAAUUCUAUAUUUGGGGAGAAUAAAGCAAUAGCUUUUGCCUAUUGGAAAUAUUCCCAAUCUAAAGAAGCUGCACAUGUACAGAAGGGCAAGUCCAAAAAGUCGGAAGGAGGUGUCAACAACGCCACCGAGGCAUUUGUGACAAAUAGAGAAGAGAGUUUUCAUGCAUGCAAUGAGCUCGAUGCGGAAAUGAAGGAAAUUGCUGACCUUUCUCUAUCAAUGGGAAGCGGUAGCUCCGAAAACUUCCCGACGAAACCACGCGUUCGAACGACGAAAGAAGAUUCCGAUACGAUGAAAUCCCUUGCCGACCUAACGCUACCAAUGGGCAGCAGCAGCAGCAGCAGCUCCGAAGAAGGCGACUCAAAACCGGCUGCCCAGGCACAGAAGGAGAGUCUGGAAGUCAAGUCCUCUUCUGAUGUUUGGCCGUCAGUGCGUGAAUUCAGUCCCGCAGAAUCAGCAUCGCCUAAGAAGGCAACGAAUGCGACAACGAAACCAGAUCCUCCUUUACAGUCAAUGGAUAUAGGUACCGGUAGUUUCGAUGGUCGCUCAGCGACGCAUCAACCGCCACUGGAGAUUCUUGAUGGGGGCAGUUCCCUCUCUGAUGGUAUUGAAGUCAAGUAUGAUGCGGACACAGGCGAGCCAGUCCAGAUGGAAAGCGAGAUGCCCGAGCACGUAUCCCGUGACGGCGACUCUCUUCUGUUGGGAGAGACUCUCACUGCGGCCGGAUCCGCUGAAAGUGCUCUCGACGACCACGCCAGUGCCGCUUCCACUAAGUUGAGCAUAGGCUUCGUUGAUGAGAUAACUGUUGCUGGGUCGGUCGAAAAGGAAGCACAAUCACCCAGUAACUCAGUCACAGAAAACCUGAAAACCACGAAAACAGACGUUGAAGAGACUCAAAGGAGCAAGGAAAUGGAACAUGCCAGAUCUAGUGACAUCAGGCCUACGGAAUCGUAUCCUCUGCCUACAGCACCUGGUCUUGCUGACCUCUUCCGUGGCCCGAGGAAUAGCAAGAACAAUUUCAACAUUUUCCGCAAUUUCCUGGAUCUGGAUGGGAAGAAGGACAAAGACUCGCAACAGAAACGCGAUGUACAGAAAUCGUUGCCAGUAGAGAGCGUACGGUCUGAAAAGAAGAAUGUCUCCGAAAGAAGCAUGAAGUCUGAACAGAAAAUGAAGGGUUCUGAGCGACAGACAGUGCCUGAAAAGCUCGAAAAUGUGCCUGAAAAAGGCCACCUCUCGGAUAGGAAGGCGGAUGGCAUGAAAACGCCUCUUGUAGAUGCGGAACCGUCGAAACCAAAGCCCACACAAUCAGAGCAAGAGGAACGCGCGAGCGAGCACUUGACGAUUGCGGGGGGCACUUCGUUUACCUUCAGCAAGGUUGAUGUUGGUUCGAAGACACCUCGAACUCCUGCAAUCCAUCAACGGUACUAUUCCAGUGACCUGGCGGGAAAACAAACGCAGUUCAAGUACCAGGAUUUACGCUCCUUAAGCCUCCAGGAGAACAACGCGGGACUAGAACAACGAAAAAGCUACGAAUCGGAUCUGCCGUGCGACGAUGACAUCUUCAGCGGCAUCGAUGAUAUCCUGCUCGAAAAAGAACAUUCUGAACAGCGCUAUUCGACUCCUCCACCUCCGCCUCCACCUCCUCCACGGCAAACGUCAAGUGAUGAUAGAUAUGGCAGGGUCUUGGACGAGAAGAGUACCUUGAGGUCCGUCAACUCAGAUAUAACUAUCUCCGUUUUGGCCGGCGAGAAGAAUGAUCAAUACGGAAGGAUCCUAUCAACCGACAAUUUCGUGAAAACUGUAAAUUCGGACAUCACGACCUCAGUCCUUGCUGGGGAGCGUAACAUGGGAAUGCACUAUCAGUACUCUUACACCCAAGAUGAAGAAGGCAUAGCUCUGAUUGACGAACUCGACGAAGAAAUGACCCUUGAUCCAAGCAUCAGCGAUGAAGCUUUCGUUCGGGAAUGCGUCGGCGACAAAGCUACGGCGGAAGCAAUAAAAUUGGGACUUGCAUCGCAGCAAAAGAAAAAAACACGCUCAGUUGGCCAUGGCGCCCAACCGGCUUUAGAGGCUCCGAGCACGCCUACCGGAAAGCUGGCAACCAAGCCCCCUCCUGCAAAUAGGCCUACCGAUGGCAAGGUCAAAAGUGCAUCGAAACAACAACCGAGGACAGAGUCCGGAGCAAAAGACGCAUUGCCGACAAAGACUGGUGACAAGACAGACAUGAAACAUGCAUCUGAAACUGCCGCCAAACCAAUGCUGUCACCGAGGACGAAGGCAUCAUAUGGAGUUGAAACAAUGCUGUCACCGAAGACGAAGAUGUCAUUUGGAGUUGGAAUCGACACCAGCCGGAGCAAUCCAGUGGGAAGAUCCCCGCUAGCAUCUCCCAGCCAAAAGUCUACAAUAGAGCCAGACCCUUCUGUUGCAGGAACAGAUACUGGAAGCGUUCUAGAUGGCUCAGUUAUCAUGAAAAUGGGAAUGGCAAUCAUGCAGAGUUUUUCUGGAUCCAUGAUGUCCAUGGCGAAAGACAUCCCUGGCAAAGAAACCAUCUUUGGUUUCCGAGAAGAUCAGUCUCAGGCCGACUUAUCGUCCAAAGCAAAGGAAGAAGCCAGCAUCAUUCUAUCAGACUUAGAACAGACGCAAGUCAAUAAUAUGUCUCCAGAGGCCCACCGAAAUGUCUCUGAAGGAGAUAGCCACAGUCUACCCGAUAUCGAUGAUUAUACUUCUGAAGAUUCAGACAGUCUUGAGAGCCAGAUAUCGCUUGUUUUGCUAAACGAGGUGAAGCAUGAAGUCGAGGAAGUCGAGGAGAAUCCAUCCGUGGACGAUUGUUCCGAGAUUUCUGCUAGACACAUUCAUACUCUGACGAAAUUCUCGAACGUCUGCUUGUUGGAUGGUAUUGAGGUUCUGAAACUAAACCGUCGGAAUAAGUGGCAAUCAAGAUUCCUGACGGUUUCAUCUGAGGAACUGAAACUCGAACACGCCGGUCGCGGUGGCGUCGAGUUCUCCAAGAUCCAAAGCGUGAAAGUGGAAGACACUAAGAACAAUCCACCCAAAUCAUUCCCGAAGUUUAAGAAAUCAGCUCAAUUGACUCUGCAUUAUGAGUCCGAAGGAGGCACAAGAAGCUUAGCACUGCGCUUCAAGAGUCUGGCAGAGGCCAAUUUCUUCGCGUACUCAAUCGACUCCAUCUCCGACAUGCUCUAUCACGAAGGCAUUAUCUGA